AUGGACUUAAACAUUAUCCCUACGAGAGCGAUUGACGCAUUUAUUACCAAAUACUUCGGCCGUGAGCCGUUACAAAUCGUUGACUGGAACGAGUGUGCGUACGAAGAACAAUUGAUUGAAAGAAUCCACAGUGGCAGACAGGCAUGUGAAAUAACGCUCGUAUUCGACUUUCAACCCACACCAAGAAGACUGCGCAGAAUCAGAAGACUCAUGGGACUGAAUGGCACACUCGUCAUUCCAAAGGAAAGGCCAAGCUGGAGAUACCGGUAUCCGGAUCUGAUGAAAAGCUUCAGCAACCAAAAUGGGACGUUUAUCAAACUGAUGGAGACGUUGCCAAGCGUGAACAGGGAUAUGCAAAUGCAUGCUCGCUUACACGAGGAGAGUACCACGUAUAAACCUCCACACCAAUUUAGCGGACAAGAAAACCCAGGAUCGAGUGAUCGAGACCGCCAAUAAUGUGCGUUUCCCCUGGUUGACAUUUGAAUGAUCGGGACGCUAGCGCACUCCCACCCGUGAUAACACAAGCCGAGGAGAAGAAACAAUCGAUUAGAGCUGUACAUAGUCAUUAUGCAUUUCAUGUUUUUCAUUAAAGAUCAUAAAGUGUUUUUCUUCCUGAAGUCGUAAAAUUCAUCGUCACCAGUGUCAUCUGAAGGAGAGGAGUGUGGUUCAUUUUUUAUCUUAGGGACAGGGGAUGGGCUUUCUUC